UCAUCAACCCAACCUCCCUUUAUUUUUUAUUUUCUCCUUCUCUUUCUCUGGCGAAGAUCCCAAAUCUCGCUCUCUAUUUUCUCCGGCGAUAUCCAUUCAAACCUUCCUCAAUUCGACUCAUUUAUUUGAUCUCUUCCUCGUCGAAGCCAUGAAUCCCGAAUAUGACUAUCUUUUUAAGCUUUUGCUUAUUGGAGACUCUGGUGUCGGUAAAUCAUGUCUACUUCUGAGGUUUGCUGAUGAUUCAUACCUGGACAGCUACAUCAGUACUAUUGGAGUUGAUUUUAAAAUCAGAACUGUGGAACAGGAUGGGAAGACCAUUAAACUUCAAAUUUGGGACACUGCUGGCCAAGAACGUUUCAGGACAAUCACCAGUAGUUACUACCGUGGGGCUCAUGGCAUUAUUGUUGUCUAUGAUGUCACAGACCAAGAGAGCUUCAACAAUGUCAAGCAAUGGUUGAAUGAAAUUGACCGCUACGCCAGUGAAAAUGUGAACAAGCUUUUAGUUGGAAACAAGUGCGAUCUUACAGCGAACAAAGUAGUGUCCUAUGAGACUGCUAAGGCAUUCGCUGAUGAAAUUGGAAUCCCAUUCAUGGAAACUAGUGCCAAGAGUGCAACAAAUGUAGAGCAAGCUUUCAUGGCCAUGGCUGCUGAAAUUAAGAACAGGAUGGCUAGCCAGCCCGUUAACAAUGCCAGGCCACCGACGGUCCAGAUCCGAGGACAGCCCGUCAACCAGAAGUCCGGUUGCUGCUCGUCUUAAAUGGAAAUAGUAGUGGUGGUGGUGGGAACGAUGUUAAUUCGUGUUUCCAGUGGGCAUGUAAAACUAGUUCCUUAUCUUAAUGCUUUGAUAUAAAAGAUAAUUGUCUCUCAUGAUUUCUCUUUUUUCUUUCUCAGUUGUCAGUACUUUGUUAAAUCUACCAUUCUUUUCAAUGUAUUUUGAUUUUGGAAACAAACAUUUCUGUACAAAUUAGGAAUAUUGGUGGAUAGCAGUAUUUGCCCCCCUCUCUCAUUAUGCCCCUAUUAUUUGUCACAUUUUAUCCAACCAGUGUCCCACUUUAUUUAA